AUGUCACCAAAACCAAUACUGCCUCCACCAAAGGCAACUCUGCCAUCAUCCAACACCAUUCUACCUGCAGAUGCAAAGACACGAUUAAAAAGAGCUGAGAAUGCUAGGAAACGUUUAGCAGGCGGCCGCACGGUUAUCGAAGAAUCAGACGAAGAAGAAGAAUCGGAUGACGAGGCAGAAUGGGAAUGGAUAUACGAAAGCGGGAGUCAUGAAGAAACUGCUUCAUCGCCGCAGACCAAUGCCAGAGGGGACGAGAGCACAGCUGCCAAAAGAACCCGUCGACUUUCCAGAAGCACAGGAGCUAGGAGAAUUAUUGGUGCUAAGGCUGGAAAAAUUGUCUGCAAGAUUGCAGAUUGUGUUUUGAUAAAUAACGAUACUUCGAAUACAAAUUGGGUUGGGGUUAUAUCAGGAUUCGAGGAAGAUGAGGACUAUGAUGAGAAUGCUGAAUCAUAUCUUGAUAUAAUGAAAGCCAGUAUCUGGUGGUUCAGUAGCCCAAAGGAUAUACACAGUAAGACAAGGAAGCGUUCAGAUUUCUUGGAAAACGAGUUGUACAUAUCCUCUGAUCCCGAUACAAUCUCUCUGGCGACCAUUAAUGGCAUUGCUACGAUCUUAUCCGAAGAAGCUUUCAAAGCCAAAUAUCCGACAGGAAAAAUACCUAGAAAUCGAAAAGAAAAUGGGAAAACAUUCAUAUGUCGUCGAGGAUUACACAGUAAAUCUGUUACAUAUACAGAUGAAUUUAUCUGGGAGGAAGUAUAUCAUAAUACGGAGGAUAGUGUUGAAAAGUUGAUCGAGAAGAUAGAGAAUAGCAUACCAAAUAAGAAGAGAAAGAAGCCUAUAUUUUCCAGGAAGAAGCACGAAGAUGAUGACGACGCAAGUGUCGCAUCUGAGCAAGAGGAUUCAGAAGUGGAUGAAGAAAUCUUUACAACACCGCGGAAAAGGCAAAAGACUACGAAAGCUAUAACACCUCGAAAACCACGUACGCCUUCCAAACUACUAACUCCAAGCCAUAAGAGAAUUGUCGUCAAAAAGCCACUAGAAUUCACACCUUUAGGAAUGCGUAUGCUCUCACCAUCCGUUAAUGCUUCCCCUUUUCAAACAGCUCGAUUACGUCUUCACGUAUCGUCCGUUCCUGAUAAUCUCCCGUGUCGUGAGGAAGAGUUCUCAUCCGUCUACACCCAUCUCGCAGCUGCUAUUACAGAUGGCACAGGCUCUUGUAUUUACAUCUCCGGAACUCCAGGAACUGGAAAAACUGCGACGGUUCGGGAAGUUGUUGCACAGCUUAAUGCAUCCGUUCUGGCCGACGAAUUAGAUCCUUUCAUAUUCGUCGAAAUUAACGGAAUGAAAGUAACUGAUCCGCAUCAAUCAUAUGCAUUAUUGUGGGAAGCUCUGAGAGGGGACAGAGUAAGUCCAAGUCAUGCAUUAGAUCUACUAGAAAGGGAAUUCAGCAAGCCAUCACCUAGGAGAGAACCAUGUGUGGUGUUGAUGGACGAAUUGGAUCAGCUAGUGACCAAAAACCAAAGUGUCAUGUAUAAUUUCUUCAACUGGCCUGGUCUGAGGCAUUCAAAACUAAUCGUGCUCGCCGUGGCCAAUACCAUGGAUUUACCUGAACGUACUCUUUCCAAUAAGAUUUCUUCACGUCUUGGUCUAACUCGUAUAACCUUCCCCGGCUACACCCAUGAGCAACUCCAAACCAUCAUAACUUCCCGUCUAGCUGACGUCCCCUCUCACCUAAUCCAUCCGGACGCGAUUCAAUUUGCCUCCCGCAAAGUCGCCUCUGUUUCCGGGGACGCCCGCCGCGCUUUAGAUAUCUGUCGACGAGCCGUCGAAAUCGCAGAAUCAGAAUCCGUUUCUAUUCCAAACACGCCUUCGAAAACUCCAGGUCGUGAAGAGAAGAAGGGGAAAGGUGUGGUUAGCAUAGCCACGGUUAAAAAAGCAAUUAAUGAAGCUACGACUAGUCCGCUUCAACAAUAUUUGAGAGCAUGUCCACUGGCUACAAAAAUGUUUCUUGCAGCUCUGGUGCUCAGAUUGAGGAGGGCGGGAACGGGUGAGUGUUUGGUGGGUGAAGUGGUGGAUGAGUGUAGGAGAAUGGCAAAGUUGGAUACGGGGGGAAGUGUGGUUGGGUAUCUACUUGCAGGUGCGGAGAACAAGGGAGGUGGCGGGGGAAAAACGAAAGGGGCACAAGUAGGAAAAGGAGCAAGAGUUCAAGGAAUGGGUGAAGCGGCAAUGGAGCUUAUGGAGGCGGGCGUUAUAGGAAUAGAGGUUCGAAAAGCGGAGAGGAUGGGAAAGGUUAGGUUGAGUAUUGGGGAGGAGGAUGUUAAGGUUGCUUUUAGGGAUGAUCCGGAGAUUAGGGGGUUGGGGUUUAUGGGGUAG